UUACAGGAUACAUAAGGUGCUAUAGUGAUGAAAUCAGGUUCGCUGAAUGGUAUUUCCUGUGACAGCGAGUUGCGACAGCUCAAGCAGCAUCUUGAAAAAUCAGAAAAGAAACUUGUGACAUACCAAAAUUUGCUAGAAGCCAUGGAAAAAGGAGACAUGAGUGAUGCUGUUCUGGAACACUGUCCGAACUUAUCAAAAGCUGUAACGGAAAAUACAAAACUCAAAUAUAGGAUCCAAAUCCUUCAGACGAGUAUACAUAAACAAGAACAAAUAAAUGAAAAAAUGGCAUUGGAAAUAGUAGCACUGAAGUACCUAUGCAGAAGAAAUCGAAAACGAAGGGCUCAAAGAACGAUAGUGACAAAGUUAUUGGAAAUAAAAAACCCUCCACUGAAACCAAAAAAUACAAUUAUGUCGUUGUGAAGGAUUUUGGAAGUUCGUUGCUGUGCUUGUUCCGUGCUUUAUUUUUAGAAAGCGUUUCUAAGUUAUAUCCGGAAAUGUCUACUAUUCCUAUUUUAAUAACAGAGACUCAGCAAGCUAAGUUUGGUGAUUAUCAGUUCAAUUCGUCAAUGUCUAUUGCUCAGAAGCUAGGACGAAAUGGUCAGAAAAUUUCUCCCCAAGAAGUCGCACGAAGAAUCAUGGAUAACCUGCCUAAAUGUGAUCGAAUUGAGAAGAUGGAAGUUGCUGGACCUGGUUACAUCAAUAUAUUUUUGAAUAAGAAUUGGAUUGCCGCAAGUAUUGCAAAUAUUGCUCUAAAGGGCAUUGAAAUUCCAGUAAUUGAAAAACGUCGUGUUGUGGUUGACUUUUCGUCUCCGAACAUCGCCAAACAAAUGCAUGUGGGUCAUUUGAGAUCCACGAUUAUAGGCGACAGUAUUUCUCGUUUACUCACCUAUGUUGGUUUCGAUGUUCUUCGAUUGAAUCACAUUGGUGAUUGGGGCACACAGUUUGGCAUGCUAAUUGCACAUUUGCAAGAUUGUUUUCCAAAUUUCAUCAAUGAAGUGCCACCAAUUUCAGAUCUACAGACUUUCUACAAGGAGUCGAAGAAGCGCUUUGACGAAGAUGAAGCAUUUAAAGCCCGAGCUUAUCAAUGCGUUACUAAGCUGCAAAGUUUCGAUCCAGAUUACGUGAAAGCAUGGCAAAUGAUUUGCGAUGUUUCUCGGAAAGAUUUCAAUCAAAUUUACGACCGGUUGGGUAUAACUAUUGUUGAACGGGGCGAAUCAUUCUACCAGAAGCAUAUGAUUGAGCUUGUCGAAGAACUCGACAAACUGGGUGUUUUGGAGCUUGAUGAAGGAAGGAAGAUUUUAAGAGUUGGUGGAAGAGUUCCACUUACUGUUGUCAAGUCAGAUGGUGCUUUUACGUAUGAUACAUCUGAUCUGGCAACUCUGAAAUACCGCUUGUUUGUCGAUAAAGCGGAUUGGAUAAUUUACGUUGUCGAUGCUGGACAAAGUUUACAUUUUGAACUUGUAUAUGCUGCCGGCCAAAAACUUGGAUGGUAUUCACAAACUGAGAAACGAGUUGAAUUUGUUAGUCUUGGUCUAGUUUUGGGGGAGGACAAAAAAAAAUUUAAAACGCGGUCAGGUGAUACAGUUCGAUUAACAGAUCUACUUGAUGAGGGCGUGAAGCGAGCAGAAAUAAAAUUACAAGAGAAAGAACGAGAUAAGGUUAUGAUUUCGGAAGAGUUGACGUUAGCCCGUGACGCUGUUGCAUAUGGUUGUGUGAAAUAUGCUGAUUUGUCACAGACUCGUACGCAAGAUUAUGUUUUUUCAUUUGAUCGGAUGUUAGAUGAUCGAGGCAAUACUGCUGUUUAUCUUCUCUACGCCUUUGCUAGAAUAAAAUCAAUAUGUCGCAAUACUGGAGUUUCUGAUGAGGAUAUUCACAACUAUUUAUGCAGUUUGCCUAAUGGAGUUCUUCCGCUGGAACAUAAAUCGGAAUUUAGAUUGGCAAAAACAAUCCUGAAAUUUACUGAUAGCAUUCUGAACACAUUGGAUAAUUUUUUUUGCAUCAACUUUGCGAUUAUGUCUAUUCUCUGGCAACAGUAUUCCAUGACUUUUACAGCGAAUGUUACAUAAUUCAGAAAGAUCUUGAUGGAAAAACAACGAUUCAUUAUCAGCGGCUAGUACUGUGCAAGGUGACAGCUACUAUAAUGGCCGACUGCUUCAACAUAUUGGGAUUGAAAACUGUCGAAAAGAUGUAAAAUCGACAGAAAAAAACUUUUUUCUUUUAUUAUUUGUAGUAAAGAAAUUGUUCACGUGAAAAAAGUUAUUUAAGAUCUGUUAAUAAAUUUCGCGACAAUUUUUUUUUUUGCAUCUAUUUUGUGAUUUUCGUUAGUAGUCACUAAUGAAUGGUCGUUCACGAACUAUAAAAGCCCUACUUCUUAAUCACUAUUCUUAUGUGAAGCAAGAAUAGGACUGUAAAGGUAGGCAUUUGGUGGUAUUGAAAUGCCUUGAUUCGUAUGGAGUCUGAAAUUGUAAAUGAAC